GUUUUGCCCACAAAUAAAAACUCAGCGAAACGGGUCUUUGCAGCUAGAUUCUAGAUUACUUAGAAAAACAGUCUUUUAUAUAUAAAAACAACUAUAUUACAAACAAAUGUACCAACAAAUAAAAUCCCAGCGAAGCGGGUCCUUGCAGCUAGUUAAAACAAUAAAAUUCGUGAAUUAAAUCCUUAACGUUAAGUUGUUGACUAACGUAGUGCUGUAACAAAUUCACCAUGGCUUCGUCUAAAUGAGGAGUGGUCAUUACAAGUGACGUCAGCGUAUAUCCGCUCGUUUCUCCGACAAGAAAUAACAAACCGAUAACGGCGGAGUGAGAAUGUACAAAUCGUCACGUAACUUUUAUCAUGAACUUCGGAAAGUCGAAUCCGCUAGGACCAAGGAGCCCAAGUAAGUGAAAAAUUGGACUGCUUCUCACCAAGAAUAAUUGAAAUAAAGCAAACAACGGGGUUCGAUGGAAUGGCAGGUGAGGUUCUUUGCCCCGUGAGACAACUGAAAAUUCAAGCCGGCAGGCGAGGGUGUUAGAAAGGGUAUUCGAAUAUUUUAAAUAAUAGAAUACUAACUACCUAUCACGCAAUUUAAAAUAUGUGAAAUCCAAAAAAUGUUUUAAUAUUUGAAAUCCGAUAUUAGAAUGUUUGAAUAUUCGCGUGAAAUUGGUUUAUUCUUCGAUAUUCGAACGCGGAUGUUUUUAUAAUAAAAGCUCUUAAAAUUCUACGAGCAAUUUUUCUACAUUUUGCAUAAAUAUCAUUGACUGAGGUACGUCAUUAAAACUUAAUCUAGAAUAAUAUUUUCGAGAUGGCUACUGAGAAAACUUCAAGCGAAAUUCCUGUCAUGUCAAAUAAUGACAAUACUCGAAUUAGAUUUCAAGUCAUAAAGAUUUUUCAGUGGAAUGCCGUAGCUUCGUGGAAUUGGGUCACAGAAAUGGAAAUUUGUGCUAUUUGUCGAUGUAAAAUCUCGGAUUUAUGUAUCGAAUGCUUAGCCCAGAAAGAUCAGGAGGGUGAAGAAUGUCCUGUGGCUUGGGGAAGUUGCAAUCACUCAUUUCAUUUCCAUUGCAUUUCGCGUUGGCUGAAGAAAAGACAAGUUUGUCCUUUAGAUAACCGAGAAUGGCACUUCCAAAAGUACGAGUGAUGAAGGUCUUUCAUUUAGAAAAGUGACAAUGUGUAUUGUAUUACAUUUUGUACAAAGACGAAAUUC